AGAGGCUUUUAGUAAUAAAAUGAAAUCUUUUUCAUAAGUCUACUUAUCAUUGCACGUAAAGAAAGGCACAAUGUUUUCUUCUGUUUUCUUAACAUUUUCUGCAAUGAUUUAUCUCAGUGAAGUUCCUGUCUCUUUGGCAUCUGAGCCUGCUUGUUCUAAGUUUUCGUAUGAAGAAAAACUCCUUGAGAAAAUGAUACGCACAGAGAUAAAAGUAGAAACAAUGCAGAAAGAAAUUAAGAAAACUGAAGAAUCGGUUUUAAAUACUCUUGUGGACAUUGAGAAAACAGCUGCCAAAACUGAAAUCAAGUUUGAGGAAAUUAGAAAUAACCUAACGGGAGAGGUUGUGACACAACUAGAGGAUUUAUAUAACAAAGAAGAGCAUUUACAAAACAAAUUUGAAGAACUGAAAAACAACUUUACGAGAGAAAUGGAAAACAAAAUGGAAAGUGUGUUGGUCGAGGUUAAAAAAAACAUGGUACAGACGAGUGUCGCAUUUUAUGCACACAAUGUGAAAGAUUUUAAACUUGAUGUCACGAACGAGGUUCUAGUGUUUCAGAAUGUAAUAACAAACGAGGGAUCGGGAUAUGACAGUUCAACAGGAAUCUUUACGGCUUCUGUUGAAGGUGUUUACCAAUUAACUGCCCACGUAUGUGCUGAAUAUACAAAAUAUUCACAUAUUGGACUGGUCUUAGACGGGGCAUUUAUAGCAAAAUCGGCAAACUACAAUGGUGAUACGUCUGCAGGUACUUGUAGUUUCGUAUCAGCAAUCGUUAAACUAAUUGCUGGGAGAAAGGUUUGGGUGGCAUGUACACUAGGACAAGAGAGAAAUCUGUUAACAGCGGAUAAUACUUUUGGUAUGAACACAUUUAGUGGAGUUCGUAUAAAUGUCUACUUAUUAUUGCAUGUAAAGAAAGUCACAAUGCUUUCUUCUGUUUUCUUAACGUUUUCUGCAAUGCUCUAUCUCAGAGAACUUCCUGUCUCUUUGGCAUCUGAGCCUGCUUGUUCUAAGUUUUCGUAUGAAGAAAAACUCCUUGAGAAAAUGAUACGCACAGAGAUAAAAGUAGAAACAAUGCAGAAAGAAAUUAAGAAAACUGAAGAAUCUGUUUUAAAUAGUCUUGUGGACAUUGAGAAAACAGCUGCCAAAACUGAAAUUAAGUUUGAGGAAAUUAGAAAUAAUCUAACGGGAGAAGUUGUGACACAACUAGAGGAUUUAUAUAACAAAGAAGAGCAUUUACAAAACAAAUUUGAAGAACUGAAAAACAACUUUACGAGAGAAAUGGAAAACAAAAUGGAAAUUGUGUUGGUCGAGGUUAAAAAAAACAUGGUACAGACGAGUGUCGCAUUUCAUGCACACAAUGUCAAAGAUUUGAAACUUGAUGUCACGAACGAGGUUCUAGUGUUUCAGAAUGUAAUAACAAACGAGGGAUCGGGAUAUGACAGUUCCACAGGAAUCUUUACGGCUUCUGUUGAAGGUGUUUACCAAUUAACUGCCCACGUAUGUGCUGCAUAUACAAAAUAUUCACAUAUUGGACUGGUCUUAGACGGAACAUUUAUAGCAAGAUCAUCAAACUACAAUGGUGAUACAACUGCAGGUACUUGUAGUUCCGUAUCAGCAAUCGUUAAACUACUCGCCGGGCGAAAGGUUUGGGUGGCUUGUACAUUUGGACGAGAGAGAAAUCUGUUAACAGCGGAUGGUACUUUUGGUAUGAACACAUUUAGUGGAGUUCGUAUAAAUUAAUAAACAAUGAAUACAUAUAUUCAGGGCAGUCUCCAGGGAUUAUUGGGAAAACUACGGUGUCCUUAUCGUGCCAUUUAGAAUGUC